CUCUCUCUCUCUCUCUCUCUCUGUCUCUCUCUCUCUCUCUCUCUCUCUCUCUCUCUCUCUCUGUCUCUCUCUUUCUCUCUCUCUCUCUCUCUCUCUCUCUCUCUCUCUCUCUCUCUCUCUCUCUCUCUCUCUCUCUCUCUCUCUCUCUCGUCCACACUGUUUGAGAAAACUCAAAUGGAAACAAAACUUGCCACGACAUCUACAGACCUGCCCGGUCUACAAAUCACUUUCAACCACCUCAGCCAAAGCAGACGGCAGUAGCGGGGAUGGUCGGACGACUUCCAUGAUUGAUUCAAUGCACUUCAGCCCAUCUGUAGGUCAGACAAUGACUCCUGGAGAUGAAUUGCGAACAAUCCCGCACGAAUCCACUCCCUGUCAUAAUGAGUCUUUACUUCAUGUCCUGAAUCAACGGGACAUGGACAAGGUAGAAGUCCGGCAGUCCCUACUGCUACCGUCAGCCAAAAACACCAAGGCAUGGCACACAAUAAACGCUCAGUUGAAGAUCCAUCUCACUCAACAUUUCCCAACCUCAUACCUCAAAAACACUAACAUCGAAGAGACUCUGGACAAACUAGAGAACUUCAUUCACUGGUUUUUCGACCAGAAACCACCACCACCUCCACCAAAACACAAGAAUGCAAAUAAAAACCGUGCAGUGGAAAAACUCCGGGCUCACAGGCGUGAUUUAAAGCGCCAAUUUCGUAAGAUCAAAAACCCGGACGAAGUACCUGCAGCGCUCAGAAAUGAGUAUUUUUCAAUUGGAAAACAAAUCAAGCGUCUUUUGAAACAACAAAAGAUGUACGACGAUCGAUCCCGGAACAAGAGGGACCAGGAUGCCUUUCUCAAGGACCCAUAUGCCUUCGGAAGGAAAUUGUUUCAACCAACCAACCAUGUCAAACCCACUUUCUCUGACACUACCUGCUUUGAGUACUUCCAACACACAUAUGCAGACCAGGAUCGUGCCACUUCGUACGAAUCCUGCCCCAGUGCAGGGAAGCCCCGGGAUUGCACCCACCCAGUCGAUGAGGGGACCCCUACAUGGACUGAAUUUCAGAAUGUUUUGAAGAAGUGUCGCAACACCUCUGCACCGGGUCCUGACAAGAUACCUUACAUAGUUUGGAAGCUUUGUCCCUCCCUUCAAUCCAUUCUUUUCACCAUCUUUGGGCGGGUUUGGGAGAGCAAGAUCAUUCCAAGGCAGUGGCAGGUAGCGUGUAUCACACUCCUGGCCAAGGGGGAGGUGUCUGAUGAUCCUUCGAAAUUCCGACCGAUUGCUCUAGCGAACACGUCCGGGAAGAUCUUUUUCACCUUAGUUGCAAAGCGCCUCUUGAAACAUAUGCUAGGCAAUAAGUUCUUCGAUGGUGACAACCAGAAAGGAUUUAUGCCUGCAAAGGCUGGGUGCUUAGAGCAUACAUCACUUUGUUAUGAGGCGAUGCGUGAUGCAAAGACGGCAAAACGCCAAAUUUGCAUUGCGUGGAUAGAUUUGAAGAAUGCAUUUGGUUCAGUGCGCCACAAUCUGAUACAGUAUGCUCUAACCCACUACAGCCUUCCUUUGCAAUUCAGGAAAUUAAUUUUUUCCUACUACGACAGUCUUUGCGCUUUCGUCGUACAACCACACACACCCACCUUUAAUUACAACAUUGGUGUUUUCCAGGGGUGCCCCUUGUCCCCGGUCCUUUUCAAUAUUUGUUUCCAGCUUCUGCUGGACUCACUUGCAGCCCCUGAAUUAAGUUGCCUCUCCUAUGAUUUUAAAUCUGCCCCUUUGCAAGUGUCCCAAACAGCUUUUGCUGAUGACUUAGGCCUCUAUAGCAAAUCUAGUGCAGGUUGUCAAAAACUCAUUGCGGUCACGGAGGACUUUCUCUCGUGGACCCAAUGUAUGCAGGCGGCGCCGCACAAAUGCAAAAGCAGUGCAGCAAAGCUUGUAGAUGGCCGGUACAAACCUUACGAUCCCUGCCUGACAAUGUCAGGGAGGAAGAUCGCUUUCAUUGACAUCACACAAGGUUUUGUACGUGAACUGCACUUUAUGUGUUUACCAUUUCUGAAGAAAUGGUCAGGCCUACCUCGAUGCGCAAACUCUGCCAUUCUUUUUAUUGGCAGUCGCAAACGCUUUGGCUUACGCCUCCACUACCUUCCUACGGUGUGGAAAAAGUGCCAGUCCAUCAAAUGGCACAUUCUUCGAUCGAGUGGGGACGCGCGCAUGAGGGCGCUGUACACUCUGCGUCGGAGUAAGGAUGCGAAGCUGACAAAGCGAUAUGCGGCGACAAUAGAGCUGGAGUGUGCAGAGGCAUCAGUAGGUUCAGGGACUCUCCGUCCACCGUCAUCUUCAAGUCAUCGUGCAGGGUUGGGUGCUCGUGCUCCGAAGCAGCAUUCCAAACCCCCGAGGAAGGAUCUCCUUCAAACAUUUGAGGAGAUCAACGCGCAGGAGCAGAUUUUGAGGCUGAAGACUCUUCAGGUGCAAGGCAAGUGGUUGGAGUGGACAUCGGUGAUGUGGCAGGACCUCUCGUGGAAAUCCCUUUUGUACGGUGGUACUGGUAAGGAUUUGAAAUUUCUUCUCGCAUCAACCCUCGACGUGCUACCUUCUCCGACGAACCUACGCCGUUGGGGAAACACCGUAGUGGAUCCGUACUGUAGUUUGUGCCGUACCUGGGCCUGUACUACGCGCCACGUGCUUGGCGCUUGUCGCGUAGCGCUGGACCAGGGACGUUACACCUGGAGGCACGACAACGUACUCGGGGUCAUCGUCAGGAACAUGCGUGAGGAGAUUCGAAUCCGCACUGCUGCAAACACCGUACAAACCGAAAAUUCAAAUGAGCUUGACUUCAUCUCGUUUUGCAAGGCGGGAGAGAAGCCAGUUCGCGUUCAGCCCAGACGAAAGUUGGUUACGACUGAUCUCCUGUCAGCGGCCUCAGACUGGAAACUUCUUGUCGACUCAGUUAGUGCAAAGAUUUCUUUCCCUAGCUGUGUUGCACUUACCACCCUAAGACCAGAUAUAGUUCUGUACUCUACGAGUCGUAGGAUUGUAUUCUGGAUGGAGUUGACAGUUUGUGCUGAGGACAGAUUCAGUGUCAGUAGCUCGCGGAAGGACAGGCGGUAUGCGGAUCUGGCCGAUCAAUGCCGAGCAAACGGGUGGCAGGUCGUUUCUUUUUCGGUUGAGGUAGGUGUGCGUGGUUUCAUCCCGGACUCUCUUCGGAGGGCUCUGAAAGCGCUUGGAUUUUCUAAUCGAAGAAUAAAAUUUAUUUGUAAUUUGUGCAGUAAGACGUCUCUGCGAAGCAGCUACAUCAUCUGGUUGCGGCGUCAACAAAAACACUGGUCGGAAGAUCCACUUUUCUGAGGUACUGUAUGUGGGGCUCCGUUUAUUGAGGUGCGUUGAAAUUUAUUCUCUUUAUCUUAUUAUUUCUUUUCUAUUAUUUCCCCAUAUGAGUUCCUAUCAGUUGCUGUGAACACCUUGAGUGGAGAGCGCUUGCUCGAGCGUUGAACCGGGUUCUUAAUCCACCAUACCCAGUUCGCAAGGCUGGGCGGGGUUGUGAGCAGGCUUUCAUUUCAUCUUUUCUUAUUAUUUCUUAUUAUUUCUGCUUUUCAUCUCAUUACAAAAAUUCUGCGCUUUUUCUCCAUCUGCGCAUAAAAUCUAGACUGACAACCUGCUUGUUAAAUCAUGCACCUGCUUUCAGGCGUAAAAACCCUGUUGUAGAGGUCUCAGUCCUCAUUUGUUAGACUUACCUGUCUUUAUAAAUGUAACUUACUCUCUCUCUCUCUCUCUCUC